GUGCAAAGUGAGGCCGUCUGGCCGAUGGCUGGUCUGCGUCGCCAGAAGUGCAGUGGCAAUCUUCACUUUCGGAUUUCCCACAAGCAGAGCAAGCCGACGAGACAGAGAGACAGAGAGAGAGAGAGAGAGAGCGGAGUCCUCUCAUUCUUCUUCAAGCCAAACACAUUCAAACACAGAAGCCAAUAUGCACAUGAAGGUGGCCAUGGACAAACAGACGUCGCGGCGCCUCGUUAAGGUGACCAACUACGCGCUGGUGCAGGUGCUCAAGGCCACGGUCGCGCGACUGCGCAAGAUCGAGAUGGAGCUGGGCGACCUGGAGCUGGCACUCGAAGAUGAGCAGGAGGAGAUCGAGUCCUACAGUGAUGAUAUUGACGACUGCCACGACCGCAUCGAGGACAUCGACGAGUUCGUGCGCGAACUCGAGGCUGGUAACGUACACACGGUGAGCGACGUCGCGGCCGCGCUAGCAGAGAUGACUGAGGAGCGCCAGGAGGAGAAGAAACUGCUGAAGGUGCUGGGCGACGCGCGCGCGAGCCACGAGCAGCAGUUCGAGCGCCUUCAAAGCCAGUCCGCAGCACUCAAGUCGGAGCGUCUUCUGCUGACCAAGACUCGUUUCGAGAUCUGUUGCCUCUUCCGCCGCAACGGCGUUUUCGACCUCGUGCGACGAAGGCUCGCAGUGUUCAACCCCAAGCUGAUGUAAAGCGCUUGGAAGGGCGUGGCUCAAUAUUUAUUAGCUAUAGUACUAUGAAAAAUAUUACCUCAAUUCUGCCACACACAC